GGAAAGCCAAAGCAUGUAGUUGAGCCACGCCUUCUCGCUGCACGAGCUCCCUGUUUUUCGCGCGAGUUCUUGUGUUGUGUGCGCGAGCCCUCUGCCUCUGUUUCCAGGCAGAUAGUACUCAACAUGGCGGCGUCGGGUAACGAAGAGCAGACGUUGUUGCCAGAUAUCGAAGAGGAGGCUGAGGGCAUGGAGCGAGAGAUGGAGUCGGAGGAGGAGGAAGAAGAAGGGAUGGGAGUUGAGCAUUCCGAGGAGGAAGAUGAAGAGGAUACGUCUGAAGACGAGCGCGAAAAUGAAGCGGAGAUCCAGAGGCUGGAGGAACAGCUGUCAAUCAAUGCAUUUGACUACAACUGCCAUGUAGACCUAAUCAAACUCCUGCAGCAAGAAGGGAAGCUUCACAGACUGCGCAAGGCCAGGCAGAAGAUGAGCGAACUCUUUCCUCUGACUGAAGAGAUUUGGCUGGACUGGCUGAAAGAUGAAAUCCGCCUGACAGAAGACGAAUCAGACCGUGAGAAAGUCUACGAGCUGUUUGAGAGGGCUGUCAAGGAUUAUGUGUGUCCAGAGAUCUGGUUGGAAUAUGUACAGUACUCCAUCGGGGGAAUGGGAGCCCAGGGAGGCAUUGAGCGCGUUCGCUCCAUCUUUGAGAGGGCGCUGACUGCAGUGGGUUUACACAUGACUAAAGGAGCUUCAAUCUGGGAGGCCUACAGGGAGUUUGAGAUUGUUAUUCUCUCCACAGUCCAGCCUCCUCCUGGCAGCAUUCCAUCACAGGAGCAGCAGGAGCUGCUGAAUGCCCAGCUUGAACGCAUACACACACUCUUCAGACGACAGCUAGCUGUACCUCUGAUGGAUAUGGAGGGAACAUACGCGGAGUAUGCAGAUUGGGCUGACGACGGCGUACCUGAGACGGUCACACACCAGUACAGACGUGCCCUGCAACAGUUGGAGAAAUGCAAACCUUUCGGGGAGGCUUUGCUGGUCUCUGAACCUCCAAAGCUGGCAGAGUAUCAAGCUUACAUAGAUUUCGAGAUGAAGGAAGGAAAUCCGGCUCGUGUCCAGAUCAUAUUCGAGCGAGCGCUGGCGGAGAACUGCCUCGUGCCGGACCUGUGGUUCAAAUACACCACAUAUCUGGAACAUAUUAAUUGCUUUAAUGGGAUGGUAAUGAGAUGCACAAGCCACAAAUGUGCAGCGGCGUAGUUGCAGCUGAGAACACAUUAGAGAGCCAGCUCCUCACCAGAUGGAGGGAAGAAGGGGGGAAAACUGCGAGUUAACGAGACAGAAAGAGAGAUGGUGGGAGGCACGUAGGGAGAGAAAAAUGAGAACGAGAAGGGGGCGAGAACGACACCUUCCCAUAUUAGCAGCCAAAUCGGCAAUCCAUUUGGGCUUUCUGAUUCAACGACUGAACUUAAUGAACUUCUGCAUUAAAGGGCUACGGGCUGGAGUGUGUUGGUGGAGCCCAUUCAGGCGGUUGAAUUCCUGGCAGCUAUGGAUGUGUGAAGUAAUUAAAUCAAGCCUUCAUGCUUGUACUCUCUUAGGUGACUAAAUUGAGAUGCUAUUUAACUAAAUUAUAUGCACCUCACACUUUGAGUCACAGAGCUGCUUUGCCUAAUGGAUAUAGGGAGGUUAUUACUUGGUUUUACAAGGGCUGUAUUGUAUCUAAAGCCUCCUACGUAACUGAUGACCUUCACCACUUUAGGAUCGAGCGUUGGAUCAGUUUCCAUAGAAAGGAAUGAAUUUUAUUCCACUGACUAACAUCCAACCAUCACCCAUUCAGCUAGAGCAUUUGGCUAGUUUUAUCUGUCAUAUUUUAGUGGUCCAAAUGUUCAUCCCUACUAACAAACUUGGUGUGCUUUAAAGAACAAUGUAACCGUGAUUCAUACUUCAGCGGAUAUCAUCAUUCAGUCUUUGAUGAAAUCGUUUUGAAGAGCAGUGAGCAGAUGUUGAGUUGGCGUAGGGUGUGCAAAGUCGAGAUUUUAUGCAUCUCUCCUGUUUGUAGAGGCAAUAAUGCAUUUUACUGAAUGAUUAUUGAUGUAAGGCAGUUUCCCACAGACAGAUUUAUCUUGGCUGUAGAUUAAAUCUCUCUUACGAUGGAGGAGUGAUUCCCUGCUCAACGUCUCCUUUAGCUCGGUUACAUGUAAUUUUUGAGCAACAGAGGUGCUUGUAAAUAGGUUGGCAGCAGAACAGCAGUGCUGGUUUGGGUGGGGGAUUAUAAUCAUUACAGACUACUCAUCUCACACACACACAUACACACACACCUGCUCUUCCUGCAGCAUGUUCAGUGGCUUUGUUGCAGGAGGCAAAAAGACUGGAGACCAUUUCUGUGCAUUUUAACAAGCAAUUCUGUAAAAUGUCCUAUGACCUUUAGGUUUCUGUCUUUCUCAA